AUGGCCACGGACAACGAUAGUCACCACAUAGUCGCCAUUGAGGCCGUUCAUUGCCCGAUUCCAAGCUUCGACCUAGCCCAACCAUAUUCUCUCGACGUGUACAGCUGGACCAAUGAAGAAGAUCUCGCUUCUCGCGUCAAAGACGCCACAAUCAUCUUAACCACCACAAUUCGACUGUCAGCGGAGACUCUGAGCUCCCAAAUCACCCCGAAACUCCGCCUGAUAGUGAUUAUGGCAAGUGGCACGGAUUGUGUCGAUAAACCUGCCGCCAAAGCUCGAGGAAUAACCGUGUGUCACUGUCCCGGCACAAAUGUGGACAGUGUCAGCGAGCAUGCAAUCGGCCUGUAUUUCGCUACCCGGCGGAAAAUAGUCAAUGUGAAUAAUAUCACGACGGCAGUUCCGGAGGACACAACUCGUGACACGGAGUGGAAAAUGAAUGGCUCGAUUCACAGGCGACUUCGUACCGUAGAUGGAAAGGCACCGUUGCUGUGCCGCGAUGAGACUGUGGGGAUCAUCGGGUACGGAUCGUUGGGAAAGCGCAUCGAAGCGUUGGCUCGCGGGCUUGGGAUGAAUGUGAUAGUGGCCGAGCGGAAGGGGGAUCCUCCGCGACCAGGUCGGCUCUCUUUUGAAAAUACAUUGGGGAAGUCGACUGUGUUGAUUCUGUGCUUGCCGCGAAGUCCGGAGACCAUUAGCUUGAUCUCGGUCGAGGAGCUGCGCAUGAUGCCCGCUCAGGCUGUCUUGAUUAACGUUGCUAGAGGUGGCAUUGUGGAUGAGGACGCUUUGUUUCAUGCGCUUAAACAGGGGAGCAUAUCAGGAGCAGCUGUUGACGUUUAUGCCAAUGAGCCUAUUGGGAGAGGAGACUCACCUUUGUUGAACCCGGAUGCAGCAGGCCUGAAUUUGGUCCUGACACCCCAUCUGGCCUGGUUCGCAGAAAGGACGUUACAAAAUCUUCAGACCGCUGUAAAAUGUACCGUUGAGCGGUGGUGUGUAGGAGAUACGAUUAAUCAGGUAGAUAGUUGA